UAAAGGUGUAGAUCAAGCACGAGACUGAGAGUUGGCAGGUUUGGUUUCGGGUCCUGUCCCUACGUGUGGCUUCGUUACGUAGCUCCACAGCCGCCGUUCCAGCGAGAGUAGAGCCAGGUGAGGACGUUGUGUCGCCUGUCUCACCUCUACCUUCACGCGUCAGCUUUUCAUUUAGAGUGCUGAUCAGUCUUUGAAAUGAAGAGCCAUCUCAAUAGGAAGAACCUUUGCUAGAAAUACUCCAACUUCCUCGCUGAGAACAGCGGUGAACGCACGUAUGUCGGUAGGGACGUCCUGAUAAGGCUGUUUUCUUUGCCUACUCGUCAUGUCUUCAUCAUCGCCUUUCGCUGUAAUUACCCGCUGGAAGCUGUGUGUGCUUCUGGUGGCAACGAUCACGCAGAUAAGCUGACUGGCCAAAAGAAACCUGAGGAGGAGAAGAAAACCUGAGGUUUUGAAGUUUUCUGGUUAAUUUCUAGAAAGAGGCAUGAGCAAAGUCAACAGAAGGUUGGAAAAGGUCACUCCGUGCCUUCCUGUCAAGAAACCGAGGCGCGUGGCUAACACGGUUUUGCCUCGAAUACAGCAGCUGACAUUCCUGCGCUGUCACUGUGGUGAGGAGAAGGAGAAUUACGCCGAGGAGCUGGAAGUGACACGGCAAAUUCCAGUCUGUGCUUACUCACCGAGUGGUGGAGAGCCGAGUCAGGUGAUCCCAACGGAGAUAAAAGGUCCUUGAUCCUCACUGGUGCUGCUGGAGAGAGAAACAGAUCUGCAGCUCGUUAAACUGUGCUGUCCAUUUCUUUCCUUAAGUGAACAGAAAUGCAAAGUGCCUAUUAAAGGUCUUCCAUUCCUGGCAUUAAGGAAAGACUGUUAUUUGUCCCGCAGGAGUGGUUCUAGCAAAUGCUGGCAUUUGGGUGGCUGGACGUAGGGCUUCUUGUAAGGCUCCACCUCUCGGUUGUGUGUGCAAAAGGAGAAGGGAGUUGCUCAGAGGUUUGCUUCGGAAGACUCCUUACUGUGUCUGGAAGCUAGAGAAGAGCACGUGUGCUCCUGGGGCGUCCUCACCUUGCAGCCCUGGUCUCAUAACGCAGUGUUUGGCAGCAGUAGUGGCUCAAGAUGCUCUCGCCUCUCGCACCUUACUCCUCUCCACCGUGCAGAGCACAGGCACCUCGGUUUAAAGCUGUGAACUGCGGUGAACUCAGGGCAGUUAAUUCAGCUUUUAAGAAUGUAUGUUCCGUUUUUUAAAAAAGUAUUGAACUGUUUACUUCAUCCUGUUUCCAGUCAAGCAUUUGUAGUUAACCAAAUUUACAAUUUUUUUUUUACAGUUUUUCUGAAGCUUUUAAGGCCAUCCUGAAGGAAAUGCUGACCACCAGACUGAAGCCUGUAUUGUGUUAGCUAAAAGUAGAGCUCACGAAGUGCUCGUGAGGUUUUUUUUUUUUGUUUUUUUUUUUUGAGACCAAGACCUGUGUUUAUUCUUAGGGCAGAGACUUGAAGUGUUCCCUUGUGGAUUAAAAAAAAAAAAAAGUGAACAAUUCUUAUUGUAACUGGAAUGAAAACCUCCAUGCUUACGCAAUUCUAGAUUGGAAGCUGCUCCAGUGAAAAGGGGGAAGUGUUUUCAGUUCGCAGACGGGAAGCUGAGAUGCGCGGAGGUGAGCGCCUUGCUCUGCUUCAGGGCCGCGUCCCUGGGCCAGGCACACCUGAGAUCCUCUGGCCCUCGGCUCCGUACAGCAGGAUGCCUGAGCCCUGGCAAAGGAGGAGGCUUGAAAUACGCAGCCCGGUGACCCCUAACCAGGUGCCUGUGCAGGAUGCUGAGAGUUUCCAUGCUCGGCUGCGUGUUCAGGUAGUCUGCGGCCUGGCCGUGACAGCGACGCACUUAACCCAUCUGGUGAAACUAAACCAUGAGGACAGCAUCUUCUGCACGAGGACGCUCGCAAAACCCGUCUCUAGUCGAGCUGCACAGAGCCUUCGUGUGACUUCGUGCUGGUCGCAAGGAAGGAGAUGUCUCGUUGGCUCUGGGAAAGGUACCUGGCUUGUGAGUGUCCUGAAUGUGAAUAAUCACCAGAAGCAGAACUCUGAAGGGAAGGAUUCUGAUUUUAGCUUUGACACGAGUUUUUCUCGUCACGCUGAACGUAACUGUAAUCCGCUAGAGUCCCACCAAGCAAACGCUCGUCACCUCCAAGCGAUCGAUACCUGUCCGUGCCGUGGGGACCGCCGGCGGCGUCGCGCCGUGGAGAAAAGCGUGGGCAAGCAGCAGCAGCCAGCUGCGUGGCGCGGGGAGCAGCAGCUUCCAGGGCAGCACCGUCGCGUGAUCCAUCACGGCGUGAUCCGUCACGGCCCGAUCCCUUCACCUCGCCUGGGCUGCCAGGGCUCGGGGCAGAAGUCGGGCUGUGCGCACGUCGAGCCCUGUGCUGCGAGGGUGCUUCGGUGACGAGGAGGUGCUCGGCUUCCCCUCGGUUAGGGCUGCAGCGUGCUUAUUUACGCUGCUGGUACAUCUUUUGGAAGUUUGUAUAAUGGGUUUUCAUUGUUUUUUUUUUUUACGUAGUGUUUUCAUGAUAAAUUUGAUUUUGGAGAGAUUGCAGCUUGUCAGCACAUCCGUUAUCCGUAGCACGUACAUGCCGUGACAUUUCAACCAGUUACUAGAAAUAAAGUUCUGUCUCCUUCAACUUCAAGCCAUUUUAUUAACUGAAGAGCACAGGACGUGAGAGCAGAUCUGGUUCAGGUAGGCUGCCUUUCGGCAAAGCAGAUAAUUCGUCCUGAGAAACAUUUGGAACCAGCUUAGAGGUUGAAUUUCUUUUUUUCCACUCGGACCGUGCAGCUGCCUUUGGUACACAAGCUCCCGGUGGGUUUGCAUCGUGCUCAGGCAGUUCUGGAUUAGGCCUGCAGAGGAGUUUAUGCUUUUCAGCUGACGGCCCUCGGAGCCAUGGCCGAGUCCCACGUUGAGCCUCCUGAAAUGUGUUCGUGAGUCAAGAUGCAAACAAUACAGGGGAAACGCAGUCAGCAUUCUGGCUUCUGGCAGAGCCCCUUUUUGUUUACCAGCUCAUGUUUCUUUCCAGUUGGCUGCUGUUUGCUGGGUCAGUCGAUCUGUUGUUUAAAAUAAUUUGUUUAUAGCUAAUGCUGGCUUUUGGUUCUUUAAUACUGAAUUUACUAACAGGAGUUUUUAAUUUACCUGCAGAAAGCUGUCUCAUUCCUAGGCGAGCGUGUUUGUUUUUCUUCCCUUGCUAUUAUAAAUAAAUCACCGUGAGUUUAUUUCUACUGCAUCAAA